ACCACAGAUAUGGACCUGUCAGAGUUAGAACAGGGAAAUACUUCUGCAGCAGAUUCAUCCUUAACUGACUGGAGAGCUUUAAGGAAGGUCUCAAGAUAAGAAUGGAGACAACCACUACCCCUUUCUAUCAUGACAAUACAACAAGUGCAUCUGGACAACAUGGACCUGACAACUAUGCUGGACUGACAAAGUCUCUCUACACCCUAUCUGCCAUUAUUUACUCCCUGGCCUUCAUUCUUGGUGUGCUCGGGAAUGGAGUGGUUAUCUGGGUGACCGGGUUCAAGAUGAAGAAAACAGUUAACACAGUUUGGUUCCUCAACCUCGCUGUGGCCGACUUCCUCUUCACAGCAUUCCUGCCCUUCACUGUGACAUACGUGGCUUUGGAUUUCCACUGGCCUUUUGGCAACUUCAUGUGCAAACUGAACACCACUGUGACCUUUCUAAACAUGUUUGCCAGUGUCUACAUCCUGGUGGUGAUCAGUGUGGACAGAUGUGUGUCUGUGGUGUGGCCCGUCUGGGCCCAGAACUGCCGAAAUGUGCGCAGGGCGUCCUGUGUGAGUCUGGGUGUUUGGGUACUGGCUCUGAUUUUCAGCGUUCCAUACUUCAUCUUCAAGGACACUGAGCAUUAUCAUGAUGAAAACAUCACCAUCUGCUUUGACAACUUUGCUCUUUCUGAUGAUUAUGAAACACCAUCUGUGAUUCAGCUGGGACAGUUUCGUCAUCAGGCCAUGGCCAUCACUCGCUUCCUCCUGGGAUUUGUUGUCCCCUUCACUGUCAUUGUCUCCUGUUAUGCUGUGAUAAUCCAUCGUCUCAGGAGGAGCCGCACUCUGACCAGCCAGUCAAGUCGGUCCUUUAAGAUCAUUGCUGCUGUUAUCACCACUUUUUUCUUGUGCUGGGCUCCUUAUCACAUCAUGAGUCUAAUUGAGAUGGUUCAUUUCACAGGUGGUGGAAGUGAAACAUUACAUCAUGUCAUUGCUAUCUGUAUGCCUAUAGCCACCAGCCUGGCCUUUCUCAACAGUUGUCUGAACCCACUGCUGUAUGUGUUCAUGGGCCAAGAUUUCAAGGAUAAAGUCCGCAAAUCCAUCCUGAAUGUAUUGGAGACUGUCUUCCAGGAAGAGGAGACUCCAUCUCACAUUGACACAAAGUCAGUGGACACCAGUCAAAGCAAUGACAAGUCUGCUCUUAAUACUGAGGUCUAAGGCUGUUAAUGACAUAAAGAAACAAAUACUGAAACUGUACAUAGCUUAUAUCAGUGUUUUCUUUUAUUGUCUUUAUAAAGGGACUUUCAAGAUGAGAUGAGAAUUGUUGGGUCUCUCUCUGUAAAUAUAAUAAUAUAAGGAGAACAGUCUAGACCUGCUCUAUUUGAAAAAUACCUUGAGAUAACUUCUGUUGUGAUUUGGUGCUAUAUAAAUGAAAGUGAAUUGAAUUGAAUUGAAUUGAGCCAUAAACAUUAUCUCAGAUUGUAUAAGUUAUCAAGUCCAUUAGACUUUAUUGCCUUACUUGGCAAUAAAGUCUAUUCUGAUUCUGAUUCUGAUUAUAACUACACCUAUGGUGUCCUAUUGUUGGCUGCUCUUUGACUCACAGCAGUGUCCUCAGUCUGUAACUGAAGAUACUGUCUGUAUACCCAAGCUAGAAGGGUUUGUAAACCCUUGAAAAAAACAACAUUACUUUAAGGUUGAAUUUGUGUAAAACAAGCACCAAAAAAAUGUGAUCAAAAAAGAGAACUUUGUUUUGUUUUUGUUUUAAUUAAUCUCUCACAUGCACAGCAGAUUCUGAUGACCAUGUCCUCGCCUGUAUGUGACAAAAGAAAACACAGUAAUGAAACAAAUAUCAGUUGUUUAUUUAAGUAAUACAAUUUUAGAAUAUGUUGAUAGUUAAAAUGUUGGAUCAUCACCUAAAUAUCAUUCUAAUAAGGGUAUUUUGACUAAUAACAUUAUGUUUUGUUGUACACACAUGCAAAAGUAUCCAAACUGAAUAACAUGUAAAACAAUGAGCCAUUUUUGACAAGAUACAGCUUUCAUCAUUUGAAAAUAGCUAUUACAUUAGUUUAUAGUUGAAUUUGUGCAACACAAGAUGUUGUAAGAUUUGGUUGAAAAGGGGAAUUAAUCAUCUGUCCUGUACACUCCAGUGGUUGUUGAUUUUUAUGUCCUUGCCUGUAUGAAACAGCAAAUAAAACAAGUAUCACUUUUACGUUUAUAAGCUGUGAUUGUAACCUAUUUUAAUCAUUAGAAAUGCAGGCUCAUCAUGUAAAUAUCAUAGUAAUAAGAGUAUUUUACAGGAGCAUCAUGUCUAUUUUGCUGUACAGAAUAGUAGGCUGUAAACUAACAUAUGAUUUUACUGAAUAUAAAAUCUACAGUGCGAAAUAGUGUUGUGUAACUGCUGCACAAACCGGUCUAUAGAAAUAUAAUUUCCCACCUUCCCACUCACACCCAACUCAACCCAGCCACAUCACGAUUUUGUGUACAUAAUUUGGUACAUGACAGUGUGUGUGUGUGUGUGUGUGUGUGUUGUCUCUUUAUAAAAGCUUUAUUCUAAUGAAAAGGAUGCAAAUGAUAAUUUGUUUUUUUAAUCUUUGUUUUAGCUCUCAUGAUCAACUAUACUAAGAGUCAAUGAAUGAUGAUGAUUGUUAUUCUCGUUAUUGUUAUUACCAUUAUUUACAUUAUUAAAAUAUUAUUCUGACUUGA